AUGGCGCCAACCAGCAAGCGCAAACGCAAGCGGGCAGAGAACACUUCCAGCCAGUCGAGUACUGCAAAGCUGACCAAGCGCGGCGCGAGAAUUAUCACCACGCGUACUGCUACCCAAGUCAGCGCGCCGGAGCAAGUUUUCAACACAACAGAAAUGCUUGAGGCCAUCCUCCUCCACGUCGAUCGCAAGGAGCUUACGGUGACGCGAGGUGUCUGUCGGCGCUGGAAAGCGGUGAUCGAUCUUUCACCAUCCCUCCAGACUGUUGUGCUCACCAGACCCGUCGCAAGGAUCCCUACAGUGCCUUCUCUUGCCCUCGCCGCAGAUUCACAGACACCUCCGAGAUAUGAUAAGUUGACUGUAUCGCCACUUAUCAACUACCAUCACCUCGUGGAGGGUUCUGACUCUGCCAUCCGCAUCCCUACCGGUCACAACUUGCAUGGCUUUCUGAAGACGGCACUGAUCCCUUAUAACAGAGAAACCAGGAUGCAUCUCCUGGUUGACAUCACCUACUUUAUCCAGGGAGGGUUCCCGCACCCUUCGAACGAUAGUUCAGCGCCUUUCUGGCAGAAAAUGUCGUUCGCCAAUCCCCCAAUCACUUCAACACAUCUAAGGACAAGCUUUGACAACUAUGGUGAUGAAGGUUACACCAACUCUGUGAGUGUCUGGAACCCAAAGGGCGUCACCUGGGAAGAUGUUCUGCAGCAUCGCAAGAGUCUUGCCGAGCAAGACGGCCCGUCCGACCUAGUUAUAGUCGAAUUGCAGACAAUGAUCUAUGUCAUGGAUGUGCCGCUUGUUUGGGCGAUGCAUUGGUGUGACGGCAGCAAAGACCGGGAUGGCAAAUGUGCGUGCGUUGCCGCCAUUACUGGUCGACGAAUGAAAGAUAACACUCCCUAUUCUGCGGAGACGGGAAGGCUGAUGUUGGGUUGA